AUGAAGUGGGUUGAAGCAGCCGCCGCAAACGUGCGCGGCCUGGGCCUAGCCGCCCCGCCUCGCUCCCACAGGCGCGCGCGCCCGUCGUCGUGGUGGGUCGCCGCGACCGCUCUCGUGUGCCUCGUGGGCUCGCUCGUCGGCGGCGUCGAGGCCCAGAACUCGGGCAUCGGCGAGCCCUACAUGCUGUACACGUCGUCGUCGGCCUACUGCAGCCCGCCCGAGGCGGUCCUCAUCACCGCGCUCGACUUCCGCUUCUACAAGGAGAAUUCCACCCUCGACUUUGACUUUGCCGCCGCCUCGGUGCAGGAGGACCUCGACGUCACCAUCUCGAUCGACAUCAACGCCUACGGCAUGGGCCUCUUCAGCCUCACCCUCGACCUCUGCCAGUCGAUCCCCGUCCUCUGCCCGCUGCCCACCGCCAACUUCCACGGCCGCGGCACCUUCCCCGUGCCCCCCGACUUUGCCAGCAGCCUGCCCAUGCUCGCCUUCACCGUGCCCAACCUCGAGGCCGUCGCCACCGUCCUCCUCACCGACUCGCGCCAGAACUCGACCGUCGGCUGCGUCCAGGCCACCCUCUCCAACGGCAAGUCGGUCUACCACUCCGAGGCAAAGUGGGCCGCCAUCGGCGUCUUUCUCCUCGCCGCCGCCAGCUCCGUGCUGCACACCAUCAUCUCGCCCAGCCUCGGCGCCGCACAGUGGCGCGUCGUCGACGUCCUCAACGCCUGCCAGCACGUCGUCCUCGCCGCGCUCCUCAACCUCGAGUACCCGCAGGUCUACAUCGAGUUUGCCCGCAACUUUGCCUGGUCCGUCGGCCUCCUCAACAUUGGGCCCGUCCAGAGCUCCAUCGAAUCGACCAGGAUGAAGACGGGCGGCGCCCGCAGCGGCACGUUCGGCAAGCUCCUCACCGCGCAGACCGGCAGGCGUUUCAACCCGUUCAGCAACGCCGCGCUGCAGCCUAAUGGAGGAGGUGGUGGUGGUGGCGGCGGCGGUAGCGGGCUUGCCGGUGCUCUCGGCGGACUUGGCCUCUUCAGGUCGAUGGCCUCGACCGUCGGUCCGGCGACGAGCGGCGCGGCCGCCGGCAACGCGACCUCUGUCCCGGACAAUGUGGUGGCGCUGGCGCCCAGCAAUGUCCUCAAGCUCGGCGCGCCGAUUUGGUCCCACUUUGACGUCGCCACCGACGGCCUGCAGCGCCGCGCCGUCUACGCGCCCUACACGGGCCCCGGCGGGCAGAUCCUGCAGACGUCGAGCGAUGCGCAGCUGCCGCUGAUCAGCACCAGCGGCGGGCCGUCGACCGUCGGCCUGAGCUACUUUGCCGAGCUCAACAACAUUGCGCCGGACAGCGCCUUCCUGACGGUGCUGGUCAGCUUCGCCAUCUUCUUUGGCUUCGUCGUGGCCGUCUGCCUCGCCGCCUACCUGGUGGCGGUGCUGGUCCGCCUCUUUACCCGCCCCGGUCGCCACCCGGGCCGCGUCGCCGACUGGAGCGCGCGCUUCACCCGCCCCGCCGAGUUCUUUGGCAGCUUCUGCCGCACCCUCUUUGCGCGCUUCAUGCUGAUGACGUGGGGCGUGCUGCUGGUGUUUGCCUUUUACCAGUGGCGCGCCGGCGACUCGUGGGUGCCGGACCUGCUGGCCGCCGUCUUCGUCGUCAUCUACCUGCUCGGCAUUGCGCUGCUCUACCUGCCGGCGUUCCGGUACGCGCGCCGCGGCAGCCGCGAGGACCUCUACUUUGGCGAGGCGCCGCCAACGGUGGCGAGCCCGGUCGCCCGCCGCCACGGCCCGCUGGCCCACCCGUACCGCCCGCGCUUCUUUUGGUUCACGCUGGUGCUGCUGCUGGCCGCCUUUGUGCGCGCCUGCUUCAUCGGUUUCGGCCAGGGCAACAGCCACGGCCUGCGCCAGUCGAUUGGGCUGGCGGCGACCGACGUGCUGCUGCUCGUCGUCCUGUGCAUCUGCCGCCCGGGUCGCGACAAGACGUCGGAUUUCGUCAUGAUCCUCCUCGUCCUCUUCCGCAUCGUCAGCUGGGGCAUCUGCAUCGCCUUUACGCCCACGGCCGACGUCACCACCAUCCCGAGGGUGAUUGUGGGCUUUGCGCAGAUCGUCGUCACGGGUCUGCCCAUCAUCUUCCUCUUCUUCCUCACCGUGUGGGACCUCUUCACGCCCUUCUUCCGGCGGCGGCAGUGGAGGUCCACCAAGGCGAUGCGAGGCGCCGACGGAGGCAUCUUGGACGAGAAGCACCAGCAGCAGCAGCCGCAGUACGCGUUCGGCAACGUCGGCGCGGGUGCGGGUGCGGGCGCGGGUGCGGGCGCCGCCUCGAUGGCGGGCGAAAAGUCGCUCGGACACUCGAGCAGCAACGGCGACGACACCAUGGUUCGACCCAGCUACUCGCCCAACAAGGAGGGCGAUGCGCUCCACAAGCCGCUCGAGACGCGCGAUGCCGAUGCCACGCGCUUCGCCGCCGCCUUCGCGUCCCUCUCCCUUCUCUGCUGGAGACGUCUGCCGCUCUGGCCACGUCGGCAUCCUGCCUCGCUGUAUUUCUCCUUGACUCUUUUUGCCACCGCUUUGACGUCGCACCAAUAG